AUGAAUUUUGAAGAUUAUUAAUAUCUCUUCAAAUUUGUAUUGAUUGGUGACACAGGUUAAAAUAUUAGAUAAUUUAUAGGAGUUGGAAAAUCCUGUUUUUUAUCUUAAUAUAUAAAAGGGAAAUUCAUACAAGAAUAUGAUCCAACAAUAGGACUAGAAUUUGAAAGCAAAUCUAUAGAAUUUAAUGAUGGAAUUGUAGUUCAAAAUUAAUUAUGGGAUACAGUAACUAUCACUAUUUUAAUUAGUCUGGAAGCUCUUAAUUCAUGGCUAUAUAGAAAACCUUUUGUUAAAAGUAUUUAUUAUUUUUAUAUAUAAAUUUGUAGUGCUGCUGGUGCUAUUAUUUUCUAUAAAAUUGAUAGCCAAAACUCAUUCAAAUCAUUAGAAAAUUGGAUCAGUAUUCUUAAAUAAGUCUCAUCUGAUUAAAUUCAAAUUAUUAUUGUUGCAACACAUAAAGAUCUAGAAAAUUAAAGGUUUUACUUAUUAUUGAAAUUUAGACAAGUUUAAACCCAACAAGGAAGAAAUCUUGCUGAUUCUUUAGAUGCUAAGUUUUAUGAAAUUUCUAAUCAUGAUAAAGAUUAAAUUGAUGGAAUUAUUAAUUCACUAUCUUAUAAUGUAUUACGAUUAAUCAAUACCAAUAAAAUUAAUCCACUAAACACAGUAUUCCUAUUAAUCAUAAAUAGCAAUAUGGAAUAAAAAUGAGUAGACAAUAAGAAUAAUAAUAUGCAUCUUAAUAAGAUAACGCUGAUGAUAAUUUCAUUUAACAAUAGUCUUCUCCAAACAGGAGAGGUUCAGANCUAGUUUUUACAUAUUUUCCGAAUCUUAAAUAAACUCCAACAAACCCUUGUUCUAUUUUCUUAUAUGGAUAUUCUACAAAGGGAUUGCAUGGACAAAAUGCAGAACAAUUUCCACAACAUUCACCACAUCUAUAUAUAUAAUUUUAAUAAGAUCCUCCUAAAUUUAAGUUUUUUUCAUUCUCAACUAAACUCUCCCUAGGAUAUCUCUAUUAUUCUUGGUUUUCAUUUAAAUAAGGAUUUAUUUUUUCUUUUUCUAAUGCAUCUGGAUGA